AUGAAUAAAAUAAAUUUGUCAGAUAAGAAUAAUUAUAAUCUUUUCAUUGAAAAUGAAAAUAUUUAUUAUUUAUUAAUAUACAAAUUUUUAUCUAGAAUAUUUGGAUCAUCAUCAAUUUAUUUAACUGAAUUAACAUUUUGGUUAUCAAAUAUUGGUUUUAGUUGGUUUCUAUAUAAAAAUAAACAUCUAUUAAAAUUUUCAAUUAAAAAACGUUUAACAUAUUCAGUAUUUCUUUCAACAAUUUUUAAUUUUGGUACAAUUAUGAUUAUUAAUUAUAUAAAUCAUUUUUUUGGUCGAAUUGAAUUAUUAAAACUUAUAUCUAAUUUAAUAUUAUCGAGUUGUUUAUUAUCAAUUGGUUAUAUUUAUCUCGAUGAUUUUUCGAAUAAUACGAUUUAA